CUCAUCUUUUAACGAGCUAUCGCGUUACGUGAAAAUCGGAGCAAAUUCGUAUUGCGAAAAUAUUCAAAAGAAUUAUAUGUGUUCGGAGAAUUCUCCCCUCUAUCUUCGGUGCGUGGAUCUUGGGAUGAUCAGAGACAGCCGCGUGUCAUGCUAUCGAAGAGAGGAGAGCGAUAUCAGGCGGUCGCACGGCCGUCACUGUUCCUCUCGCACGAUGUCGGAGUUUCCAGUGGAGGCAAGCGACAACGGAGACAUGCAUACCGUCAUGGAAAACUUCCAGAAGAAAAACAAUUUAAUGGCCGGUAGAACGCACCACAUUACCCAUCAUCCACAGGUCACCACCACAUCGUCGCAGAUGCUGACGACAAACCAGAGCCAACAUCAGAGUAGUAGCAGCACCAGUACCAGUACUAGUAGCAGCAGCAGCAGCACAAGCAGCAGAGUGGCCAAAUCCUCGCAGAGGAUUCUCACCUCGUCCUCGUCGAGUGAGAUGAAGGCGAGCUCCAUGAAGAGCGAUCUGACGGAACUCCAGCGCGGCAUCUCGGAAAUGAAGAACAUUUCAACCAAUUUCUCGCAACGGCUGCGCAGCAGCAUGGAGAAUCUUGUGGACAGAGACGGCAAUGGACCGGAAGAGACCGAUCUCACAGAACCGCUGGUGACGUUUCCCGAUCCUGACACGCCACCACCUGUCAGCGAUGCUGUCACAUUAGCAGGUUCUCCGUCCCAGUUGAGUUCUCUAAAUUCCUUGAACAAUCUUCAUCACAGUAUAAGCCCACCGAUGAACAUACCAAACAUAGCAAAUUUACCUGCUGGACAGGAAACUAUGAAGUUCGAACAGAAAAAGAUGACUAGCGCCUCGAAGACAAAGGUUGUCACGGAUGGAUUUAGCGCUGAGAAAGCGACGGCGAACAGCGCCGAAAUGAGGGCCCUGCAAGCUGGCGAUGUCUCGUACAAGGAACAAAGCGCCGCGACUGCGGCAAGGGCGCGCGUCGAGCUUGACGGCGUCUCGGCGGAGAAGAGCGUUGCUGCCGCGAGGGAACAGAGAAGCUUGAAAGCGGGCGAUCUUUCACAUCAGGAAAGUAAUAAUAUGGCAGCAUCCACCAUGAAACUUCAGAGCGACUCGUUCACCUCCGAAAAGAAAGCGAUGGCGGCGCAACAGCAACGACAGACGGUCACUUCGACCGGCAUCUUCAACCACGAGAAGCACAUGGCAUCGAGCUCGCAAUCGAGCAUCACGAUUGCAUCCAAGUCGGGUGUAAGCGCGUCCAAAUCGAUGAUCAGUGCGGCAAGCGCGGUUAACCAGUUGAUGAACGGCAUGCGACCUCCGACGGCGGAGGACGAGCUGCUGUCUCUACCCUUGGACGAUCUGGAUCUGCUGUGCUCCAAAUCGAAUCCGCAAGAUGUGGACUGCGCGAUCGCCAAGUACUGCGGCCUGCUCGACAGCUUCGUCGAGCGGCUGAAAACGAGCACCGAUGGCGGCAAGAGCGGCGGCAAGGCGCCGCAAUUACUCAACAGGGUGAACGAGAUCAUCCGGAAGGCUUGGGCGGUGCCGACGCACGGCCACGAGCUGGGCUACACACUGUGCAACACCCUGAGGACGCGCGGCGGCCUCGAUCUGUUGAUGUCAAACUGUGUGGCGAACGACGACGAGCUGCAGUUCUCGUCGGCUAGGUUGCUGGAGCAAUGUCUGACCACGGAGAACCGCGCUCACGUGGUGGAAAACGGUCUAGAGAAGGUGGUGAACGUGGCGUGUGUGUGCACGAAGAAGUCCGCGAACUCGGUGGAUCACGCGCGCGUCGGCACGGGCAUCCUCGAGCACCUGUUUAAGCACAGCGAGGGCACCUGCAGCGACGUGAUCAGGCUGGGCGGGCUGGAUGCGGUGCUGUUUGAGUGCCGAAAGAACGACAUAGAGACUCUACGGCAUUGCGCGGGCGCGCUGGCGAAUUUGUCGCUGUACGGCGGCGCCGAAAACCAGGAAGCGAUGAUCAAGCGCAAGGUGCCGAUGUGGCUGUUCCCGUUGGCUUUCCACACCGACGACAACAUCAAGUAUUACGCUUGCUUGGCGAUCGCCGUGCUGGUUGCCAACAAGGAAAUCGAGGCGGCCGUCCUCAAGUCCGGUACUCUCGAUCUCGUCGAGCCGUUCGUCACGUCGCACAACCCCUACGAGUUUGCCAAGUCGAACCUGGCGCACGCUCACGGCCAGAGCAAAAAUUGGCUGGAAAGACUCGUGCCGGUGCUAAGCUCCAAGCGCGAGGAGGCUCGCAACCUGGCGGCCUUCCUUUGCAUGGAGGCAGGCAUCAAGAAGCGGCAGGGUAACACAGAAAUCUUUCGGACAAUCGGCGCGAUCGAGCCGCUGAAGAAAGUAGCCAGUUGUCCGAAUGCGAUCGCGUCUAAGUACGCGGCUCAGGCUCUCAGAUUGAUCGGCGAGGAGAUUCCGCAUAAACUCAGUCAACAGGUGCCGUUGUGGUCUACCGAGGACGUUCGAGAGUGGGUAAAACAGAUCGGCUUUGCCGACGUCGCUCCGAACUUCGUGGAAAGCCGCGUGGACGGCGAUUUGCUGCUACAAUUAACCGAAGAGAAUCUGCGCGAGGACAUCGGUCUGACGAACGGUAUCAUGCGCCGUAGAUUCGCGCGCGAGCUGCAGAACCUGAAGAAGAUGGCUGAUUACAGCAGUCGCGACACCGGCAAUCUCAAUAGCUUUUUACAAUCGAUCGGCCAGGAGUUUUCCAUUUAUACGUACAGUAUGUUGAAUGCCGGCGUGGACAAGGACUCGAUACGCAAUCUGUCGGAGGAUCAGCUGCUGACCGAGUGCGGCAUCGCCAACAGCAUUCACCGGCUCAGGAUACUCGACGCCAUCAAAAACAUGCAGCACAAUCAGUUCAUCUCGUGCGAGUACGAAUCGCCCGACAAAUCGCUCGACGUGUUUGUCAGCUAUCGCAGAUCGAACGGCUCGCAGUUGGCGAGUCUCUUGAAGGUGCACCUGCAGCUGCGCGGUUUCUCGGUGUUCAUCGAUGUCGAGAGACUCGAAGCCGGCAAAUUCGACAAUAACCUACUGCAGAGCAUCAGGCAAGCCAAACACUUCCUUCUUGUGCUCACGCCCCAAGCUUUGGAGCGGUGCGUACAAGACAGCGAGUGUAAGGACUGGGUUCACAGAGAAAUUGUUGCCGCGUUACAAUCACAAUGUAAUAUAAUUCCGAUUAUCGACAAUUUCCAAUGGCCGGAGCCUGAAGAACUUCCCGAGGAUAUGCGAGCAGUCUGCCACUUCAACGGUGUCCGCUGGAUUCACGACUAUCAAGACGCCUGCGUAGACAAGUUAGAAAGGUUUAUGCGAGGUGAGAUGCCCGUGAGAUCUGAGCCGUCCGGCGGAAUUCCGCGCAGCGUGGCGCCCAAGGACGUGACCCAACCGAGCACACCGGGUAACACAAAUAUACGACAGCCGCCUAGCUAUCAGCGGAUGCACAGCAACGAAAGCAGGGGCAGCGACAAAGAUUCUACAGGCGGGCUUAAAAAGUCGUCGAGUCCAUCUCGUUGGUUAAUGGGCCUGCCUCCUACAUCGCCGCGCUUCAAGUUUGUACAUACGAUGCAUCCAGCGGCUGCCAGCAGCAGUCAAGCAGUACCUCGCAGACCGCCGCGACAACCUCCCUCACCGUCGACGCGUUCCCGCUCGUUAGAAUUGUUGGACCAGCAAGAUCAAGAACGGAAGUCGACGAUUUCUCCCACGAUCGUCCACCGACCACCACUUCCCAGACCGAGAUCGCGCAGUCUGGACGGUCUGCUGGACGAUGACGUGAAGAAAAGUGCUGGCGGGGAGACCUGCGGACAGCAGAGCAGGCAGGAGGAGUGCGAGAAGAAUCGAGAACAUCUUCCAAUAGAUUCAGAGGAUAAUAAAACAAUCUCUCCUUUGGAAGAAAGCCAACAGAAAUUUAACACAAAAACAGUCGAAUCUAAGAAUGAAACCAGGCUGGUUCCUCAAAUGAAGAUCGAAUUCAAGUCCGAGACGGAAGACACGCGAAAAGACAAGAGUAGUAAAAAUGUUUUGCCAACACGUCCUCCGAAGCCGAGCCGAUGUUCCAACUCAGAAGGACAGUUUUCGACAAACAAGCAAUGCGGGGACCGGAAGCGUGAGAUCGAAGAGCAGAAAACCAAGGAAAUAGUGCAGGUAAGUUCGGUAAAGCAGAGCGAUAACGAUAACAACGAUUACGACGACGACGACAGAUCGACGACGUUGCUGAAGACAUCGAGAAGCUGUGGUGCGGGAUUGGACUCCGACGGGAGCAUUACGUCGAGCGAAUACGGCGGAUCUAGGUCCUGCGCGAAGGGCCAAGGUUCGCUGUUAUCGCUUCCAGCGGGCGCAGAGCCCAAGCGUAAACGGAACUUUAUGGACAAGUGUGUGAACAAGGUGCGGUCGUUUAUGAAGAAGUGAAGCGAAGAGACUUUAUUAUUUACUUUCGCAAGUUAAAUUUUAAUCUCGAAAGCGCGCGAGACUAAACAACGAUCAAGACAUACUCUGAAAGAUAUUCAAAAAUCAACUAAAAAAUUGAAAGUCACGUGUUUCUAUAAUUGUAUUUAAAAAAUUUAGAUGUUUAAAAGGCGUUUAAAAAGUUUUCGAUAAAUUAGAAAAUAUUUUUUGGUGAUUUUAAAAAUCUUAGAUAUAUCUAACACAUUUAGAAAAUGUGUAAAAAAUUGAAAUGAUUAAAAACAUUGAUGAUUCGACGCCUUCAGAAUUAUCAAAAAUGUCUAAAAAAUUUAAAAAGUACAUUUGAAAGAUGUUUGGUCGAAGACAUUUUUUAGAUUAUUUUCAAAUUAUUGUUUGUGAGAAUCUUCAGAACUUUUUCGGCUGUUGUUUGCAAAAAUUUUCAGCAAGUGUUGUUAAGAAUUCGUGGCACUAUAUUAUUUUUCAUAUUUAAUUUUGCGAUGCGAAAGUACAUCCUGAGUUUUGUGCAGACUUUACAAUCUGCACAAUUAUUAUCCUUAUGUACAAUGACAGGCAGCAUAAAAAUAUAUAUAUAUAUACAUAUAUUUAGCGAAAUGUUGUGCCUAAACAUGCGACAAGUGUCUUCGUGAAAUCUCGAAAUUUAUAAUUCGGGAUAUGCAUGUUUACGUGAAUCAGCCUGCUUUUCCAGGUGCCUUUUUGUACUGUAUUUUCUCUCGUAUAUAUAUAGUAUAUAUGUAUGUAUGCGCGCGUGCACCACACACAUAUACACAUUCGCGCGCGCACACAUAUGCUAUAUAUAUGGAAAUGAAUAAAUGAAUCGAGAACAAUUAGCUAAGGCGGCUAGAUCGUUAUUUGUAAUACUAUUUUUCUAGGCAGUUCUUUCCUCUUAGAACGCGUUUAAAGACGCGUGUGAUUCGCGUGAUCACGAAUCAUGGUUGUUCUUAUCGCAGCUAACGUCGGAAAUAUGUUAUACACAAGUGUACGAGGUGUUUGGUAAUAUGCGCAGUUUCGGUGAUAUUUGUUUUUGAAAAAAUUUUUUUAAAUUAAAGAAGAAUUUAAUCUUUUAUUUAUAACUAUUUAGUUCAGUGUGAUAUUUUUUUGCAGCUUCUAUAAUUUAAAAGUUAAAUAAUUUGGUAAUUAAAUCUCUAGUCAAAACAGAUUAUAUUGAAAUAUUGAUUAUAUUGAUUAUAUUGAAAUUUAUCUAAGUUUUAACCAAAGAAUAAGGUUUAACUUACUAUUAAUUUACGUAAUUUGCCCACCAUAAAAACUAUCUUUUUAAUUGAUCGUGUACUUUACAUAUUUUACUAUUGAUAUCAGAAAACAAUUUUGUCAAUUUGUGAUAAAAGAUAUUGUUACGUACAGUAAGUGUGCUUAUUUCCGAACACCUGAUACAUGAUUAUGACCGACUCCCGAGAUGCGCGGUAUUUUAUUAUUUAACACUGUUUUUAUCGUACCAAUCGUCGACACGCUCUCGCUAAGAGUCAAAAUGACGACGCUUUGAUAUUCGUAGUUUAAGAGAUCCGUCUGAUUAUCGCAAAACUGUAUAUUUUACCAAAGUUUCAUAAAAUUAUGAAUUUUAUUGAGAUGUUUGAAUGUUUCUCAGAAAUAAAUUUUAUUUAGUGAAAUAA